AUGGAUCCUCUGGGUAUCGAGCCAGUAAAGACCGAAACUUUUGAAGCACCAGCCAAGCAGCAAGCUGAUCCUGCUGAUGUUGACUUGUAUACUCGUUACGUCAAGCUCAAGAAGCAGAUUGAGUUCUUGGAUGUUCAGGAGGAAUACAUCAAAGAUGAAAUGCGCAACCUUCGAAAGGAAUACCUUCACGCUCAGGAGGAAGUAAAGCGAAUCCAAUCGAUUCCUCUCGUCAUUGGCCAGUUUUUGGAAGCAAUUGAUCAGAACUCCGCAAUUGUUGGAAGUACCACUGGCAGUAACUACUACGUCAGAAUUCUUUCUACAAUCGACCGUGAGUUGCUCAAGCCAUCCGCUUCGGUAGCUCUCCACAAGCAUUCAAACGCUUUGGUCGAUGUUCUUCCACCAGAGGCUGACUCUUCCAUCACCAUGCUCGGCGCCGAUGAGAAACCAGACAUCAGCUACAGCGACAUUGGUGGUCUUGACACACAGAAACAAGAAGUCCGGGAGGCGGUUGAACUUCCACUCACGCACUUUGAGCUUUACAAGCAAAUUGGUAUUGAUCCUCCUCGAGGUGUCUUGAUGUACGGACCUCCUGGUUGUGGUAAAACUAUGCUCGCCAAGGCUGUGGCGCAUCAUACAACUGCCUCCUUCAUCCGCGUCGUCGGCUCCGAAUUCGUCCAAAAAUACCUCGGUGAAGGUCCACGAAUGGUCCGCGACGUCUUCCGCCUUGCCAAAGAAAACUCCCCAGCAAUCAUCUUCAUUGACGAAAUCGAUGCUAUUGCGACCAAGCGAUUCGAUGCCCAAACUGGUGCCGAUCGAGAAGUGCAGCGAAUUCUCCUCGAGUUGCUGAACCAAAUGGACGGUUUUGAUCAGACCGUCAAUGUUAAAGUCAUCAUGGCUACAAACAGACAGGACACUCUUGAUCCCGCUCUUCUCCGACCUGGUCGACUUGAUCGAAAGAUCGAAUUCCCUCUUCCCGAUCGACGACAAAAGCGACUUGUUUUCACAACCAUCACUGGUAAAAUGAACCUUUCCGACGAUGUUGACCUAGAAGACUUCGUUGCUCGACCGGACAAGAUCUCGGGUGCUGAUAUCCACUCAAUCUGCCAAGAAGCUGGUAUGAUUGCUGUCAGAGAGAACCGAUACGUCGUUCUUGCCAAGGACUUCGAAAAAGCCUACAAGAACCAGCUCAAAAACAAGGACGAAAUGGAGCACGAGUUCUACCACUAA